AUGCCAAUGCGACCUGGGAGAUGCUGGGUAGCUAUUGGUGUGUCGCCCUACUAUCACAGUCCCCUCUAUGCGACAGAGCGCAGACGCCUCGAGACAUAUUACGCAACUGGACCAGACACCUCACAAAAUGAAACAGACAACUGGACUGAACAGAUCAACGCUGCCAAGAAAUCUGAUGUUGUUCUCUACUUUGGGGGCAUUGAUGUUACAACUUCAAGUGAGCUCAACGAUCGCUCAUCCAUCGCCUGGCUUACCUCUCAGCUGAGUCUGGUCAAGGAGCUAUGUGCUCUUGGAAAGCCCUGUGUGGUGGUGCAGCUUGGCGAGCAACUUGAUGACACAGCUCUUCUCAACAACCCCAACGUUUCUGCCAUUAUUUGGGCGGCUUACCCCGGUCACGAUGGUGGUCCAGCCAUCUUUGAUGUUCUGGAUGGCACAGUAUCUCCCGCAGGUAGACUACCGGUCACCCAGUACCCGGCAAAGUACGUUGAUGAGAUUCCCAUGUCGGAUAUGGCCCUUCAUUCACAGAAUGGCCAACCGGGACGAACCUACUAG